GCAUAGGUCAAGGUCCAUUUUCGUAAACAUUGUCCGAAAACGAUAUAAACAAGUUGCUGUUAUCGCUCGCGAAUCCUCAAACCAAGCAUGAUUGCGUAUUAUCAUCAUCGAACGGGAGAAUUCGCGAACGUUUGAGUGGAGUGGAGGGCGCUGCCCGAGAAUGAGCGUCAAACUGGAUUCGAAAGUGUGCGGAGUGUGCGGAGACAAAGCCCUCGGUUACAACUUCAACGCGGUAACAUGCGAGAGCUGCAAGGCCUUCUUCCGAAGAAACGCGGUCCUCCAAAAGGAUUUCAAGUGCCCGUUCUCCAAUCAGUGCAACGUCACGACAGUCACGCGGAGAUUUUGUCAGAAAUGCAGGCUGGACAAGUGCUUUUCGAUCGGCAUGUGCAAGGAUCUUAUCAUGUCCGAGGAAGAUAAAGUGCUGAAGCGGCAAAAGAUCGAAGAAAACAGGGCGAGGAAGAGGCGGAUGUCGUCGUUCAAGUCGGGUUUUAAAAAACAAAAACGCGAAGCCGUAUCGGAUUCCGAUUCAGUCGAUACGAACACAUCUGAUGGUUACCAUCCAAAUAAUCCUCACGUGGUGAGCGUUAUAAACUACGUGAAUCCCGAAGGGGCAAGAGUUUUAAGUGACGACAGUGUGAAUUCGAGUGUCGUGUCGUCCAGCGACGAUUUAUCCUUCGAGAACCAUAUAAACGAACAGGAGCUUAACGGUACGGCCGUGGGACAAGGCGAGGAGUGCGCGAUUUCUAAUUUAGUGAACAACAAUACCACGAACAAUUGUGAUAACGACGCAAACGAUAGUGCUUACGCGAGUGCGCACGCUUACCAACCCUCUUCCUUGAACGGUACCUCCGAUGUCACUAAAGAUGUGGUCGAGGACGUUCAAAGAAUGACAUCAGGCGGCACGCCCGGUAACUCUAUCGAGUCGAUCCUCUGCGAGGCGAUCAAGCUGGAGUAUGAGGCGUACUCUUCGAUCGCCCAAAGCCACCCGCAUUCCCGAGAGCUGAACGACGCCGAACGGGCCAAAUUAAACGAGCUGAUCGUCGCGAACAAGGCGUUGCUCACGCCCGUCGACGACGAUUUGGAUCUAAUCGGAAACAAUUUCAAGUACCACUCGUUACUGUACGGCAACCCGAAAGAAAAAGAUCCCAAAUUGGUGGACGUUAUCAAUCUGACGGCCAUCGGGAUUCGGAGACUGAUAAAGAUGGCGAAAAAGAUCAACGCGUUUCGUAACAUGUGCCAGGAGGAUCAGGUCGCGCUGCUCAAGGGCGGCUGCAUCGAAAUCAUGAUACUGCACAGCGCUAUGAAGUACGAUCCCAAAAAGCAGAUGUGGAAGAUACCGCACACCCAGGAGCCGCUAAAGAUCAACGUCGACGUGUUGAAAUUGGCGCGGGGCAGCGCCUACCUCGAGCACGAAAAGUUCAUCAAAACUUUCGACCCCAAAUGGAUGGCCGACGAGAAUAUUAUUUUGAUAUUGUGCGCGAUCAUACUGUUCACUCCGAACCGACCUCGGGUCAUACACCAAGACGUCAUCAAACUGGAACAGAAUUCCUAUUACUAUCUACUGAGGAGGUACUUGGAGAGCAUCUACCCGGGUUGCGAAGCCAAAUCUACCUUUCUAAAGCUGAUACAGAAGAUCGCGGAGCUGCACAAGCUCAACGACGAGGUGAUUCACGUAUACCUAGACGUGAAUCCAUCCCAGGUCGAACCCCUCCUCAUAGAAAUAUUUGACCUAAACAAGUGAUCAUUUUUACGUGGGAUGUUAUUGUUUGUUAAUAUGUUUUAAGAGAGAGUAAGAUGCCAAACCCGGCUACGCGGUAGUUUCGGGCUUUAUUUUAAAUAAAAAUCGCUUUAAUAUAGUAAUUUCCUUUAUUGUACAUUUAAAACCGUUACUGUGAGGAAAUUAAGAAUGUGAUAAUAGUACGACUGCAAUAAAAUGUACAAAGUACAAAUUAAAUAAAUA